CACAGGUGCGCCGCUCCUGGGUGUUUGCGGCAUUCGAGGACAGCAAUGGUUUCCUGCGCAGAAGGAUGCGCAGUAAACAGUGCAGUGGAGGUUUCAGUCAGCGACAUCUUGUGGUAUAGUAGAAUUUAGCUAGUGGAAUCUGUGGCUAUCACGAACAUCCGAUGUUUAUUGUGUAGUAUAUCCAACAGAUAACUGAAAAUGUCGUCCAACAACCAGAAGUUAUCCACUACAGAGCGAGUUAUCAAAAGUGUGCCGUUCCCGCCCAGCCGCAAGCUGACAACGGCGGAGGUGUUCGACACGAGGACGGGCAAGCCGCGGCCCGACGUUCUGAAGCAGCACUUCAUCCUCGAGGGCCGGAUAGACGAGGCGGCCGCGCUACGCAUCAUCAACGAUGGCGCCACGCUACUGCGCUCCGAGAAGACCAUGAUCGACAUCGAGGCGCCCGUCACAGUCUGCGGAGAUAUCCACGGACAGUUCUACGACCUGAUGAAACUUUUCGAGGUGGGCGGCCCACCUGCCUCAACAAAAUACCUCUUCCUAGGCGACUACGUAGAUCGAGGAUAUUUUAGUAUAGAGUGUGUUUUGUACCUCUGGGCGCUGAAACUGUGUUACCCAGCCACAUUAUUCCUAUUGCGUGGGAAUCACGAAUGUAGGCAUCUUACAGAAUACUUCACAUUUAAACAAGAAUGUAAAAUAAAAUAUUCGGAGCGUGUGUACGACGCGUGUAUGGAAGCUUUCGACUGCUUACCGUUGGCGGCGCUUAUGAAUCAGCAGUUCCUCUGCGUCCAUGGGGGGUUGUCGCCAGAGAUACACAACCUGGACGACAUACGGAAGUUGGAUCGAUUCAAGGAGCCUCCAGCAUUUGGCCCUAUGUGUGAUCUUCUGUGGUCAGAUCCGCUAGAAGACUUCGGUAGCGAAAAAAAUGCUGAGCAUUUCAGUCACAACAGUGUCAGAGGCUGCUCAUAUUUCUACAGCUAUGCUGCAUGCUGUGAUUUCCUCCAGAACAAUAAUCUACUGUCUAUUAUAAGAGCACACGAAGCUCAGGAUGCCGGAUAUAGAAUGUACAGGAAAAGUCAAACAACAGGAUUUCCAUCGCUUAUCACUAUCUUCUCAGCACCAAACUAUCUGGAUGUAUAUAACAAUAAGGCUGCUGUCUUGAAAUACGAAAACAAUGUGAUGAACAUCAGGCAGUUCAAUUGUUCACCACAUCCAUACUGGUUGCCAAACUUCAUGGAUGUUUUCACAUGGUCACUGCCAUUUGUAGGAGAAAAAGUCACAGAGAUGCUUGUGAAUGUGCUGAAUAUUUGUUCAGAUGAUGAACUCAUGUCUGAUGGAGAUGAAGGGCUUGAAGAAGCUGCAAACCUGAGGAAAGAAGUCAUCAGGAACAAAAUCCGUGCCAUUGGGAAAAUGGCACGUGUAUUCUCUGUUUUGAGGGAGGAGAGUGAAAGUGUUCUUCAGCUAAAGGGAUUGACACCAACAGGCUCUUUGCCACUUGGUGCCCUCUCAGGUGGAAAAACUUCACUUAAGAAUGCCUUACAAGGUUUCUCACCAAAUCACAAGAUAACAUCGUUUGCUGAAGCUAAGGGUUUGGAUGCUAUAAAUGAAAGGAUGCCACCAAGGAAGGAUGCUCCACCAACACCAGCAUCUGAAGACAAAAAGCCACUGCAACAAGGAAACCAAACAAAUAAUUCGCAUACAAACACCAAUGCUCACUCGUGAGCUUAUAUGGUGAAAAGAAUGAUGCAAGGUGGCAGUCUUCGGCUGGUCUACUCUUCUGUGAGCGGAUGUGCCUGCUCUUUGACACCCUGCUCCCUGCCCUCCCCUUUAUCAGUAGGUUAUAUACCAUACCGACAAUGUGAGCGCUACAGAAAAAGCAGGUGUAAAGCAACACGUUGGCAAUGGGAACACUAGCAUCUCUGUAUGCAUCUCUUGCAGUGAUACCUUCUUCUAUUUUUAAAGUAAAUGGCAAGGUGAUAAGUUCCAGUCUGUAUGAGAGAAAGAGAGAUGGAUCACAGUUUUCUCAAGAGUUAGCCUCUUUUUCUAAUUGUAUUCAUUUGUGUAUUUGAAGAGUCAUUACAUCCAUAUAUAAAACAGUACUUUUAGACAGUUUUUGUAUAUAUUACAGUAAUAAGGAAAAAUAUAAAGUUUCCAUGUGUGUUAUUUAAAUAAUAUCACACACACAUUUUCAGUCAUUUAUUUUAUGAUUUUGCUAGUGUUUUAGACUUGUCUUUUGUAUAUAGUGAUAAACAGAAUUCAGUAAGAAACUCUUUUAGAUUUAGUAGAUGUAUGCAUUUUCAUAUUAAAAUGUUUCAUGCAUGCAGCAUGAGAGUAUUAAAAAAUGCUAACUCUUACAGGACCCUAAUCCCUCUCUGUCUCUCACUUUUGUAACAAGGGUAAAACACCCUUGCGGAUUAUAUUGACAGUCAAUUAUGGUUCAUCAUUUGGUGUAGUCAUUAGAAACAAUUCUGUAUAUUUCCGUGUAUUUGAGUUGUUGUAUAUCUAUACAGAAUAAAGGCAUCAUUAUUACAUCAUGUUAUGAUGGUAACGAGUUGCCAAAUAUACAGAAUUGUGUUCUGGUGAAAAUGUUAGCAGUCUUUUGUCGGGUUCUAUGUUUCAAAUCAAAUUAUCAUUACCACAGGUACAGAUAUUAGGGAAAUUAAGCAAUUCCUGCAUUGUGUAGAUCAAAUGUAUGGUGCAAACCAUUCUUAUAUAUGUAUUACUGUUUCCAUUGCCUUAACAAAAGUUGUAAAAAGUUCAAGGUGAUGAAGAAAUAUUAAUGAAUCAUACCAUUUCCUUCAUUACAUACCUUACAUUUUUUGUGUGUAUUCCUUGCUAGAAAAAUGGAAAGAAACAAAAAAAGUUGCUGUUUACUACCAUGUUGUACUUAUUCGUUUUCUUGUACAAACCAUGUUACAUAAUUUUGUUAGGGCUUAUGCGGUCCUGACUACACAGUUUUAUUCUAAGUGGUGUGUGUGUGUGUGUGUGUGUGUGUGUGUGUGUGUGUGUGUGUGUGUGUGUGUGUGUGUGUGUGUGUGUGCGCGCGCGCUAAUGUCCCUCGGAAGAAUGGUGGUGCAUAGCAUUAUGCUACAUUUCAUUUGAAUGGAUGAUAGAGUAACUAGACUUCUAGGAGGAUGUUAUUAAUGUUUUGUUUCCUAUGUAUUUUCUCCAUGUUCUAUGAACUUGUUCCCAUAAAAUUAAUUGAAUUGUUAUACUGAAGAGUUAUUUACAUUUUUAUACCUGUGUAUGUUAACUGUAUAUACAAAUAUAUAUAUAUAUAUAAAUACAUAUACACAAACUGUUUUUAAGUGAUGUUUGUGCUCUUUGUAGAACUCUUGUUAGAAAUGUUGUUUUCAAUCUUGGAGCAAACCAUCUGUAAUGUGCAAUUGUGGCUCUUCAUUGUUGCAUAUUAUGAAUGAAGCAUGCAUGUGAGUGAGUGCUUGUGGUUCAUAUAAUUAAAGACAACUGUAAAUAUGAAUUCAGAUUCUUUAAAUGCGUCUCAAUAUAGUGAUAAAAAAUAAAUAUAAUGUAUGUUUGCAGAGUACCGAGGGACAACAUUUCUUUGUAAAAUAAGGAGAAAUGAAAAUUAGUAGGAAAAUUUUUUCCCCAUUCAUAAUUGAGUAGAAUAAUUCUUCCUGUCUGUUCUAAUGCCAGUCUGUUUUUACUUGGCAGGAACAAUAUCUAAAAGAAAGUAGCUUAUGCGUUCUUUUUUUUUUUCCUUUGCCAAAAGGCAGAAUGCCGUACAUUCUGAGAAUAACCAACAUUCAUUAAGAAGACUUUACUGUUCUCUAUUAAAGCCUUCAAUAUACAUAUUCUUGGAAUACAUUUAAAGAAAUUAUUGCUUGAAUGUAAAUAAAACACGCCAUAAUUUUAUUUUUAGAGCUCCAGUUUGAUGUGAAAUUGGAGUUGUUAUUUUCUACAUAACUAUCUGUGUAAAGAAAGGAAUCUACUAAGACAUUUUAUAGAGGAAAAUAUUUUCAGUGACUAUGAUACUUCUGAUUUGUAAACACUAAUUCCACUACAUUCACUUUACUUCAUGUUAUAAUUCAUAAGUAUUCAGAUACAUCUUGAAGUCGGAGUACCAUAAAUAUCUUCCUGUGAUUUUUUUUAAAUUUGUUUUAUUUUUUUUUAUUUUUUUUUUAAGUGAAGCCAGUUCAGCACACAUGUUUAUUGUACCUUGUAGACCAGACUGAAGUGCAAAAGAAAUGGAUGCUGGUAAUCAGAUUGCAUUUCAUGUCUGUCAUUAACUCACAGAAUGAGAGGAAUUUCAGAAAUAAAUCAAAUACAUUAAAAGCUUUUACAAUCCACAAUAAAAUGGUACCUUUAUUAUCAUGAUGUAAUUAUGUUUGAUAACAGUAAUGCAUUCAUUCAAGGGACUGUUUUCAUGGGUGUGUGAUCAUCUUGCCGACAUUGUUGAUUAUAUAAGUGUUAUUAUUGCUAUAUAAAUAUAUAUAUUUAUUGCAAGAUAUUGGAAAAAGAGACAUUAUCAAAGAUCUUGAAAGCUCCUUCCUCACCUUUAAUUUUCUUUUACUUGUUUUGUUCAGAGUGUAUAAAAUGACUUUAAAAGCAAUUGCCAUACAUGUAUUUAAAUCUGAGUAAUGAUAGUGUUCUGUUGAGUCAGUAUAUGAAUAAACUAAUAAACCACUUUAAAAUAAUA